GAGGUGCUGCUGUGGCGGCGUCCGCGGGGCUGAGGCGGGUGGGAGCCGAAGCCGAGCGCGGGCUGAGGGAGGAGGGCGGCGACUGGAGAGCUGCGAGCGGCGUGGGACCCGGAGCCCUUUUCACUUUUUCCCUCCCGAGUGCCCCCUCCCAGCCCUCCCACUCCACACCACCCUGUUUGCCCGUGAGCCUGGGGAACUUGCAGCUGAAAGCCAGCCACCCCCACGGCAACAUGUACCCCAGCAACAAGAAGAAAAAGGUGUGGAGAGAGGAGAAAGAACGCUUACUGAAGAUGACCCUAGAGGAAAGACGCAAAGAAUACCUAAGGGACUACGUUCCCCUGAACACUAUUCUAUCGUGGAAGGAGGAAGUGAAGGGCAAGAGCCAAAAUGAUGAAGAAAAUACUCAGGAAACGUCACAGGUGAAGAAAAAUUUGAGUGAAAAAGUUUCUCUCUAUAGAGGUGACAUCACAUUGCUAGAGGUAGAUGCUAUAGUCAAUGCGGCAAAUGCCAGUCUCCUUGGAGGAGGAGGUGUGGAUGGCUGCAUUCACAGAGCGGCUGGCCCCUGUUUGCUAGCUGAAUGUCGCACCCUGAACGGCUGUGAUACUGGGCAUGCAAAAAUCACAUGCGGCUAUGACCUGCCUGCAAAAUAUGUCAUCCAUACCGUAGGGCCAAUAGCAAGAGGCCAUAUUAAUGGUUCCCACAAAGAAGACCUUGCAAAUUGCUAUAAAUCGUCUCUGAAGCUGGUGAAAGAAAAUAAUGUCCGAUCAGUUGCAUUUCCCUGCAUUUCAACAGGCAUUUAUGGUUUCCCGAACGAGCCUGCUGCAGUGAUUGCCCUCAGCACCAUUAAGGAAUGGCUGGCCAAGAAUCACCACGAGGUGGACCGAAUCAUCUUCUGUGUCUUCUUAGAAGUCGACUUCAAAAUCUACAAAAAGAAAAUGAGCGACUUUUUCCCUGUAGGUGAUAAUGAAGAAGAAGAUGUUGACAUGAAAGAAGAUUCAGAUGAGAACGGUCCAGAGGAAAAGCCAAGCGUGGAAGAAAUGGAAGGGCCGAGCCAAGAAGCAGAUGGCGUCAGUGCUGCUACUGUGCACAGCCCUGCUUCAGAAGAGGCCGUUGAAGUCUGUAAAGACGAAGAUUCUGCAAAAGAUGACAAUAUUGCAAAUGACAGUGAAGCAACAGAUCAUUCAGUGUGUGACCAAGAUCAUCCCAAUGGACAAGAGAACGACUCCGUGAAUAAUGAGAUAAAAAUUGAGGAAGAGUCACAGAGCUCAUACAUGGAAACAGAAGAGCUUUCAUCAAACCAAGAAGAUACCACGAUCGUGGAGCAACCAGAAGUGGUCCCACUAACAGAUGUCCAAGAAGAAAAAGAAGGAGAAAAAGCUCAAGGCGAGGACACGCCUAGAGUUCCUGUGAAAAGUGAAGGCUCCUGUGACACAGAAAACUCCGCAAGUCCUGAUGUUGAAAUGAAUAGUCAGGUUGACAGUGUAAAUGACCCAACAGAGAGUCAGCAAGAAGAUUAACUAAUAGGGGCACAAGAUGAAGCAAAGGAACAAAGAAAUGGAAGUAGAUGCCAGUCCUCAGCAUUACAGCCUCUGCUGGCCCUGGGGGAAGAGUGGGAGCCAGCAGGGGUGCUGUGGAGGAGGGUGGGGGUGGGGGAGGCAAGUCCCACACAAGGAUGGGGAAACCUUUGCUCUAAUUUCUCAGCUGCAUUUUGUUCUUUUUACUUGCAGAAAAAGAAA